AUGAGCUCCGAGACGUACUUCUUAUGGACCAAUGGACAAGACAAGACGGGAAGUGACAAUGAGCUGAUACCCAUCGAAAACCCUGCAACCGGAGAGGUCUUCGCACAUUGCCAUGCUGCUUCUUUCUGGGAUGUCGAGUAUACCGUACAACUCGCCCAUCGGACCUUCAAAGCCGGCAUCUGGUCUCGUGCAGACAGGCACAAACGAGCCGAUGUCCUGGAGUCCAUUGCAACCCAUCUUUCGACUCAGCUACCAGCUCUCAUAGCCCUCGAAGUCCAGCAGACCGGCCGUGUAAUCCGGGAGAUGAACGCCCAAGUUCCAUCGCUCUUGAAAUGGUUCAAGUACUACGCCGCUUUGAUUCGGACAGAAGAACGUGCAGUCCUGCCCACGACUGGAAAGCUGCACAACUGGGUCGAUCGAAAGCCGCUGGGCGUGGUUGUGCAGAUCACGCCGUUCAAUCACCCGCUGUUAAUUGCCGUUAAGAAGAUUGCGCCAGCACUCGCAGCGGGUAAUUCAGUCAUUCUGAAGCCAUCGGAGAUGACUCCGCUCACGUCAUUGCUGCUCGGGGAGAUCAUGAAAGAUGCCGGGCUACCGGAUGGUGUCUUUUCGGUGCUACCAGGAUAUGGUGCAACGACUGGCAAAGCUCUCGUCUCGCAUCCGUUAGUGAAGAGCGUUGAUGUUACAGGUGGCACGCCGUCCGGUAGAGCCAUUGGAGCCAUCGCAGGAGGCAACCUCGCUGCUUUCACCGCAGAGCUGGGAGGUAAAGCUCCUGUGAUUGUGACCAAAGAAGCAGACAUCGAGCUUGCAGUCAAUGGCGUUACCUUUGCAGCUUUCGUUGCAAGCGGGCAGACAUGCAUAGCGGCGACGAGGAUCAUUGCUGACGAAAAAAUCUACGACGACUUCCUUUCGAGGCUAGCGACGAAAACAAAGGCAAUUGAACACAGAAUGGGAGCACCCACAAAUCCAGCAUCGAUGAUGGGUGGUCUCAUUUCCGCGAAGCAGUUGGCCGGCGUGGAAGUUCUGGUGGAUGAUGCCAAGCACAGUGGAGCCAGAGUCGUCACAGGAGGAAAUCGCAUGACUGGAAGCUCGCCGCUCGAUGGUUUCGACCUGAGCAAAGGAUAUUUCUAUCAGCCUACGAUUCUUGCAAGCAGCGACGAAACGGAUAUAACGAGCUUGCGAAUCUGGAGGGAGGAGGCUUUCGGCCCAGUGCUCGUUGUCACGGCGUAUGAGACUGAGGAACAAGCCUUGACGCUCGCAAACGACAGCGAAUUUGGACUGGGCGCUGGGAUAUGGACGAAGGAUCUGUCACAAGCGUAUCGAUUGUCAGAGGGCAUUGAGUCGGGGAUCUGCUGGGUCAACACACAUCACCGCAACGAUCCAAGCAGUCCUUGGGGCGGAAUAGGGAGUUCAGGCGUUGGAAGUGAGAAUGGCAUUGAUGCCUAUCAUGCUUACACCACAACGAAGAGCACGAUCAUCAACUAUGCAUCAGCGGAGGAAGCGCGGGCGAAUGAAGAUUGGUUCCGUGAAGAUGCUGGUGAGGUUCGAUAUGGAUGA